AUGGAUGCCACAGGCGGUCCUGUGUGCUAUUUUAUUAAAAACGGAGUGUUAAUGAGGAAAUGGCGACCCCCUGAUGUUUCUGCCGAUGACGAAUGGGCUUUUCGAUAUCAAAUUAUAAUUCCGAAGUCUUAUCAAUCCGAAAUUCUUAGUUUGGCGCAUGACACUCCACUUUCGGGUCAUUUGGGAAUAAACAAAACGUUACAAAAAGUCACUACCCAUUUCUAUUGGCCUGGGGUUCGAAAAGACGUCGUUCAAUUUUGCAAAACUUGUCACACAUGCCAAAUUGUUGGAAAACCAAAUCAAGUAAUUCCUAAAGCACCAUUAAAACCAAUUCCGGCUUUUGAAGAACCGUUUAGUAGAGUCAUGAUUGAUUGUGUCGGACCACUGCCUAAAACUCGAAAAGGAAACCAAUAUCUCCUAACCAUUAUGUGUGUUUCGACUCGAUUUCCAGAAGCUAUACCUUUAAGCAAUAUUAAGGCGAAAACUAUUGUUCAAGCGCUUACAAAAUUUUUUACUCUAUUUGGACUUCCAAAAUCCAUUCAGUCGGACCAAGGAUCGAAUUUUAUGUCGGGCUUAUUUCAGCAAGUAAUGCAGGAACUAGGCAUCAAACAGUUUAGAUCAAGCGCUUAUCAUCCGGAAAGUCAAGGAGCAUUAGAGCGAUUUCACCAAACAUUGAAAAACAUGAUUCGGAUGUAUUGCCAGGACACCGAGAAAAGUUGGGACGAAGGAAUUCAUUUACUUUUAUUUGCUGCACGCGAUUCAGUUCAAGAAUCUUUAGGCUUUACUCCGUUUGAGCUUGUUUUCGGACAUACCGUUAGGGGACCACUUAAACUCCUGAAGGAGAAGUUGCUUGUCGACGACGACAGUUCUUUAAAUCUUUUAGAAUAUGUUUCAAAUUUCCGAACGAAACUCACAAAAGCAUGCGAUUUGGCUAGAGAAAAUCUUAAGUCGGCCCAAAAAUGCAUGAAGGAAAAGUAUGACAAAACUACCGUAACGCAAAGUUUUCAACCCGGCGACAAAGUACUUGCCUUUCUUCCGGUCCCUGGAACACCCUUGCAUGCUAGGUAUUUUGGCCCCAACCUCGUAGAAAAGAAAGAGAAUGAUUUAAAUUAUGUCAUAGUUACCCCCGAUAGACGUAAGAAUAAGCAGUUAUGUCAUGUAAAUAUGCUAAAAUCAUAUUAUGAGAGAAAGAAUGGUGUGCAGGUAGUUAACGUCAUAGAUGUAGCAAAUAAUAAUAUAGAAGAUACAACCGAACUCUUCGAUCUGUCUGAGUCAACUAAACUCCAUAACUCUGAUGUUCUUCGCGAUAUGGAUACAAAGUUAAGCCACCUAAGUGAAUCUCAACGAAGAGACAUCGAAGUUUUAGUACAAGAAUACCAAUGCUUAUUUCCAGACGUACCCUCCAGGACAGACCAUAUUGCCCACGACGUAGAGAUCAACGAUGCGCCACCUAUCAAACAACACCCAUACCGUCUAAACCCAACGAAACAAAAACACCUCGAAGCAGAAAUCGAGUACAGAAAUCGAGAAUUGUUCGAUAAUUGAUAAAUUGUUUAUACUGCAGAAGAGAGCAGCGCGUGUGAUAACAGGGGACACAUAUGAGGUUCGUUCCAUGCAAACGCUAGAUAGUCUUAAUUGGCUUCCAAUAGAAGAACUUCUAAAACAACGACAGUUAAUAAUGACAUUUAAAGUACUAACUGGUCGAUUACCUCGAUACCUUGAAAAAUUGUUUUCAGUAAGUCAAAAUGACAAUUACAAUCUAAGAAGCAAUCAAAUUAAAUUGAACCUACCCAAACCUAAGACAAAUUUUCUCAAACGAAGUUUUUCGUAUAGAGCUGCUAAGUCCUGGAACGAACUUCCAAGUGAAACUAUUGAAAAUUAUGACAAUCUUUCAACUUUGUCGUUUAAACGGCAAUUACUUAAUUCAUCCGUAUCAAUUCAUUGUAAAUAGUUAUAUUCUUUUUGUCCUUUUUAUAUUAUUGUUGUAAACACACGGCCCUUUGAAAACCAGCGCUGUAAAUAUUAUCUGCUGAACAGGCUACCGGUUUAAAUAAUUUUAUUAAAGAUUAAAGAUUAAAGUACCUCCUCGAGAAUGAUUUCAUCGAACCAAGCCAAAGUAGCUGGAGUUCACCUUGUUUGUUAGUUCCCAAACCUGAUGGUAGUUAUAGGAUGUGCACGGACUAUAGAAAACUUAAUAAUAUGACGAAGGCGGAUACGUAUCCCAUUCCGCGGAUUGAUGAUUGUAUUGACAAAACUGGAACUGCAAAAUACGUCUCCAAGUUUGAUUUAUUGAAAGGUUUCUGGCAGAUUCCACUUACUAAACGUGCGAAAGAGGUCUCAGCAUUCGUGACUCCGAAAGGUCUCUACCAAUAUAAAGUGAUGCCUUUUGGCAUGCGUAAUUCGCCAGCGACCUUCCAACGGCUGAGAAAUAAUGUUAUCGCGGAGAUCGAAGGCUGCGAAGGUUACAUUGACGACGUAAUAAUAUACAGUGAUACGUGGGAAGAACAUUUGAAGAUUAUGCGGAAAUUCUUUACACGACUCAGCGACGCGAAGCUAACGAUCAAUUUAUUAAAGAGUGAGUUUGGAUGUGGUCAUGUCACCUACUUAGGACAUAUCGUUGGGCAAGGUCAAGUGAAGCCUGUCGAAGCAAAGGUCGAAGCCAUCUCGAUGUUUCCUCAACCGGCGUCGAAAAAACACGUGAUGCGUUUUCUCGGUAUGGCAGGUUAUUACCGAAAGUUUUGCCCAAAUUUUUCUGCUAUCACGGAGCCUUUAACUCGGUUGCUGCAAAAGAACGCCAAGUUUCAUUGGACUGAACAAUGCCAGUUUGCUUUUGAGCAACUCAAGGCAAUGUUGCAACGUGCUCCUGUUUUGUCAGCCCCAGACUUCAGCCGACCCUUUAAACUAGCUGUAGAUGCAAGUGACAUCGCUGCCGGAGCAAUAUUAUUACAAGAGGACGACGAUGGAAUCGACCAUCCGGUAGCUUAUUUUUCCCGCAAGUUUAACCACCAUCAACGCAAUUAUUCCACAGUUGAAAAAGAAUGUCUUGCCCUUAUCCUCGCCCUUCAACAUUUUGACGUGUAUGUUUCUUCAGCCGGAGUUCCCAUCGAAGUAUUCAGUGAUCACAAUCCACUGGUUUUCAUCCACCGAAUGAAGGACAAGAAUCAACGUUUGUUGCGAUGGAGCUUGAUAUUAUCGGAAUACAACAUGCACAUACAACACAUAAAAGGACAAGACAACUUGAUCGCUGAUUGUCUUUCAAGGCCAUGA